UUCCAUGAAUAAUUCAAUAAUUUAUAGUUUCAAGAAGCACCAGACGUUUACUAUCCGUUAAUUUAUUUUUAUCCAAUAUUUCCGAAUUUCCAAAAUUCCAAAUGCUAUCACGAAAUAAUUGCGAACCUAUUUUCUGCUCAAAAGAAUCUCUCUCUCUCUUCACACACUCUGCUCUGCCCUGCUCUGUAUCUUCCAUAAUCUCUCUCUCUUCGCGGCAAAGACAAGCGCUUCUUGACAAGCAUUACCUCCUUUUUCACACUCCAGGUUUUGCUCCGUGCAUCCAUCGUCAUCCUAGAAGAUUUGCAUUUGGAGUUUUCUCCUCGGACUAUUUCCAGAUCUCUCUUUACCUUUUUUGCGGCGCUUUACUUCCUCUGUUGAAGCAAAAAUAAUUAAAUCUUUGCUACUCUUUCAGCCAUAACUACUCUUUCCUUGUUGCCUUCUGUUUGUUUUCUCUCACUAAAUCAGCAAGCAAACUCCUACCGUCUUUCAUCCCGUUGGAAAAUCUGAAACGAAUCAGCUCAAAAUGUAUCGCUGUGAUUGUUCAUUUUCGUUUUGUGUUGGGUGGUUAUUACUGUUAUUUAUUAACUUUGGAGAAUUCGCGAAUGGUGAUUGGGCAACUUGCUCCGGGAUCGUUCCGAUGAGUUACCGGAACGAUAAGAUAUCGAUAACGGACUUCGGAGGCGUGGGCGAUGGGGUGACGUUGAACACGAAAGCAUUCAGAGAAGCAAUUUACAGAAUCGAGCAUUUGAGAAGGAGAGGUGGCUCGCUGCUUUACAUUCCUCCUGGAGAAUAUUUAACCGGACCGUUUAAUCUCACAAGCCGUAUGACUCUUUACUUGGCUAGAGGCGCCGUGAUCAAAGCCACUAAGGAUGUUUGGCAGUGGCCCUUGAUAGCGCCGUUGCCCUCUUAUGGAAGAGGAAGAGAACGGCCCGGAGGAAGGUACAUGAGCUUCAUCCAUGGUAACGGUCUACAUGAUGUGAUAAUCACAGGGGAAAAUGGAACAAUCGAUGGCCAAGGUGGCAUCUGGUGGGACAUGUGGAGGCGAAGAACUCUCAAGUUCACUCGACCAAACCUUAUCGAGUUCAUGAACUCGAGAAGCAUUCUCAUUUCCAAUGUCAUUUUCAAGAACUCGCCCUUUUGGAACAUACACCCCGUUUACUGCAGUCAUGUUGUGAUUCGAUAUGUAACGAUUCUUGCUCCAGCUGACUCUCCCAACACUGAUGGAAUUGAUCCAGACUCGAGCUCCAACAUAUGCAUCGAGGACUCCUUCAUAUCAACCGGGGACGACCUAGUAGCCGUGAAGAGCGGGUGGGACGAAUACGGGAUAGCAUUUGGUCGAGCCAGCCACAGCAUCACCAUCAGAAGACUAACCGGGUCAUCGCCAUUCGCUGGAAUCGCAGUGGGAAGCGAGACCUCCGGUGGCGUGGCGGACGUCCUGGCCGAGCACAUAACCCUGUACAACAUGGGGAUUGGCAUACAUGUCAAGACCAACAUCGGCAGGGGAGGGGUCGUGAGGAACAUAACCGUGUCGAAUGUCUACAUGGAGAACACGCGGACGGGGAUAAAGAUCUCAGGCGACGUGGGAGACCACCCCGACGAGUAUUACAACCGGAAUGCUCUCCCGGUCCUCAAGAAUGUGGUGAUAAAAAAUGUUUGGGGUGAAAGAGUGCAGCAACCCGGCCUCAUCCGCGGCCUUAGAAACGCGCCGUUUACUGAUAUUUGCCUCUCCAACAUCCAUCUUGGUGGCGCACGGCCGUGGCAGUGCUCGAAUGUGUUCGGAGCUGCCGUUCAAGUCAGCCCGUCGCCGUGCGCCCUGCUCACCUCCUCCCGCCAGCAGCUAGGUGCAUGCUCGUCUUCCUUUUAAAAUCUCAUUAAUUUGUAGUUUACUACAGUUAUCAUUUUUAUGUGAGAAGACAGCAGUUUUCAUGUGUUAUAGUAGCAAAUUUGUUUUUUUGGAUGAAUCACAUUUUGUGUUCCGAACUUUUAAUUUUUUUCAAAAAAUAUCACCUGACUUACAUUUUAACUUCAAAAACUCAUUCCAAAAAAAAAAAAAAACAGGAUUUAUAUAUCACUUUACAAAAUACGGCGAUGAAAUAAUGAGUUGCUUUGCCAAAUGUUGCAUUAUUCAAUAUAAAAUUGUAGAAAAAUCUUAAACCCUAAGAAUAUACCAACCCCAAAUUAUGUAAGACAGAUAUAAAUCAAACUUUUUUUAUUCCUAAGUCGAGAGUUUUUGAAGUGAAAAAGUAUAUUAAUGAUAGUUUUUUGAAAAAUGCUGAAAAUUAAGAUCUUAUGGACACAAACUAUGAUUAACUCUAUAUUUUUUUUUCUUUGAUGAAAUGAACACAUCAACAAACAUAAAGAUAUUGAUCGAUCCUUCACAUCUCAAAUGGACGCAAAUUUAUUUACAUACUCGCUAAAGCCUAAGAAGGGUAAAACUUUCAUAACUCAGAUAUACACAAAUACUGAAAUACAUACAUACAUACAUAUAUAUAUCUAUAUAAGCAGCAGUGACAUACAUAUCAAAAUAUCUAGAAGCAGGGGAUUAUUAUUCGUACUUGAUGCUAUAUUGCUCGUGAUUCAUAGCCUUAGAUGCUUCUAGAAAUAAUUGUCCAAGAAUUUGCGCACGCCUUUCAUGAAGCCGGCUUUCUUCGGCUUCUCUUCCUUCUUCUCAUUUCCGAUCCUAAAAUGCUGCCUCAAUUUCUUCAUCUUCUUCUCGCGAUCGAACCUGUCGUAAUCGUACCGUUUGAACACGGCUCUCUUCACCCGAUCCUCCUCUUCUUCGUUGUCGCUGUCGCUGUCGGUGUCCUCGCCGCGGCGGUGGCGGAGGUGGCGGAGGUGGUGGUGCAUCCUCAUCCACCGGCCGGGGAUCCGCUUGCCUCCGCUGCGAACGAUCGGCUGCUCGAAGUCGCUGUUCUCGCCGGAGGAGAGGAUCAUGUCGUUGCCGUAGGGGAUCGGCUCGUUUUCCCUCAUCGUAGGGUAGAAUUUGAAGUGGUGGCGGCAGGGGCGCUUCACGUGGAAGCGGCGGUUGACCGGACGGAAGGUGAUCUCGGUCAGCGGCACGGCGGAGACGACGGCGAAGUUAGGAUCUGUCUCCGCGUUGGAUUUGGCGUCUGCAUCGGCGUUGAACGGUUCGCUGGGGAGGCGGAGCGCGGGAUCGGCAUCGGAGAGAGGAAGCUCGGUGGUGGUGGCGGCGGCACUGACUGCCUUGUCGAUCUGCGGCGGAGCGCGGGCGAGUGAGAUGGUGAAUAAGUAGAAGAGAGCUGCGGCGAUGGUGGCGGUGCGGAAUUUCGCCAUGGUGAAGCUGUUGGUAAUUUGGU